AUGUCCUUGCUUCCCGCCGAAGUCCACACCGCGCUUUCGCAGCUGCUCCGCGCCUUGAGCACCCCCGAUAAUACCGUCAGAUCCCAGGCGGAGGACCAACUCAACAAUGACUGGGUGCAGAACCGGCCAGAUGUCCUGCUCAUGGGCCUGGCAGAGCAACUGGGAGGUGCUGAAGAGACACUAACGCGUGCUUUCUCCGCUGUGCUUUUCCGCAGAAUCGCCACAAAGGCUCGCAAGGAUCCCGUAUCGGGCGACACCAAGGAGGUUUUCUCUAGCCUGCCCAAUGAGCAGCGUGUUGCUAUCCGCGAGAAGCUCGUUGCUUGUUUGACGAGCGAGACCGUCACCGAUGUGCGCAAGAAGGUUGGAGAUGCCCUGGCCGAGGUGGCUCGGCAAUACACCGACAAUGGUGAGCAAUGGCCUGAACUUCUCGCCGUGCUCUUCCAGGCCAGCCAGAACCCCGACUCCGGCCUGCGGGAAACUGCAUACCGCAUCUUCACUACCACCCCCGGUAUCAUUGAGAGACAGCACGAAGAAGCAGUCGUGGAGGUAUUCACCAAGGGAUUUAAGGAUGAUAACAUCUCCGUCCGCAUUGCCGCCAUGGAAGCCUUUGCUUCAUUGUUCCGCUCGAUCUCCAAAAAGUCCCAGCCGAAGUUCUUUGGCCUCGUGCCCGACCUUCUCAACAUCUUGCCUCCUCUCAAGGAAGCCUCUGAGAGCGAGGAGCUUUCUUCGGCCUUGCUCGCACUGAUUGAGUUGGCGGAAAUCAGCCCCAAGAUGUUCAAGUCCAUGUUCAACAACCUCGUCAAGUUUAGCAUCAGCGUUGUCGCCGACAAAGAGCUCAGUGACCAGGUUCGCCAGAACGCACUGGAGCUCAUGGCUACCUUUGCCGAUUACGCUCCCAACAUGUGUAAGAAGGAGACCGAGUUCGCACAGGAAAUGGUCACACAGUGUCUGAGCUUGAUGACCGAUGUUGGUGCGGAUGAUGACGAUGCUGAGGAGUGGAACGCCUCUGAGGAUCUUGAACCCGAGGAAAGCGACCUUAACCACAUUGCUGGUGAGCAGUGCAUGGAUCGCCUGGCCAACAAGCUCGGUGGACAAGCCAUUCUUCAGCCCGCCUUCUCCUGGAUUCCCCGCAUGAUGUCUUCAACUGCCUGGCGCGACCGCCACGCCGCUUUGAUGGCCAUCUCUGCCAUCUCAGAAGGCUGCCGUGAUCUGAUGGUCGGUGAACUGGAUCAGGUUCUGGCCCUUGUUGUUCCCGCUCUUCAGGAUGCCCACCCCCGAGUUCGAUAUGCCGGAUGCAACGCUCUCGGUCAGAUGAGUACCGACUUUGCUGGUACUAUGCAGGAGAAGUACCACGAGAUUGUUCUGACCAACAUCAUCCCCGUUCUCGCUUCUUCCGAGCCCCGUGUGCAGUCCCACGCUGCUGCCGCUCUGGUCAACUUCUGCGAGGAGGCCGAGCGUAGUACCCUGGAGCCCUACCUCGGCAACCUUCUCAGCCACCUCCUCGAGCUCCUGCGCAGCCCCAAGCGUUACCUUCAAGAGCAGGCCCUGUCAACCAUUGCCACCAUUGCCGAUUCCGCCGAGAACGCUUUCGACCAGUACUACACUACCCUGAUGCCGUUGCUGCUUAACGUCCUCAAGGAGGAGCAAGGCAAGGAAUACCGCCUUUUGCGUGCCAAGGCCAUGGAGUGUGCUACUCUGAUCGCCCUGGCUGUUGGCAAGGAGAAGAUGGGCCAGGAUGCCCUGAACCUUGUGCAGAUUCUGGGUAACAUUCAGCAGAACAUCGUGGAUGCUGAUGACCCUCAAUCCCAAUACCUUCUCCACUGCUGGGGCCGCAUGUGCCGUGUCCUCGGCCGUGACUUUGUCCCCUACUUGCCCGGUGUUAUGCCUCCUCUCCUGACUGUUGCUGCCGCCAAGGCCGAUAUUCAGCUCCUCGAUGACGAGGACCAGAUCGAGCAGGUUGAGCAGGACGACGGCUGGGAAUUGGUCCCUCUUAAGGGCAAGAUUAUUGGAAUCAAGACCAGUGCUCUCGAGGACAAGAACACCGCCAUUGAAUUGAUCACCAUCUACGCUCAAAUUCUCGAGGAGAACUUCGAGCCCUAUGUUAUGGAGACUAUGGAGAAGAUCGCCGUUCCCGGUCUUGCUUUCUUCUUCCACGACCCUGUUCGUGUUUCGGCCGCCAAGCUCAUUCCUCAGCUGCUCAAUUCCUACAAGAAGGCACACGGUCAACAGUCACCAGGCUUCGGUGAGAUGUGGAACAAGGUUGCAGAGAAGAUCAUCGAGGUCUUGAGCGCCGAGCCCACUGUCGACACUUUGGCCGAGAUGUACCAGUGCUUCUAUGAAUCCGUGGAAGUUGUUGGCAGAAACUGCCUCAACGCCCAGCACAUGCAGGCCUUUAUCGACUCCGCCAAGUCAACUCUGGAGGAUUACCAGAUGCGCGUCAAGCAACGGUUGGAGGAGCAGGCCGAGCUUGAAGAAGGUGACGAGGAGAACCUCGACUACGAAUACGCAAUCGAGGAUGACCAGAACUUGCUCAGCGAUAUGAACAAGGCCUUCCACACCAUUUUCAAGAACCAGGGCACUUCUUUCCUACCGACCUGGCAACAGCUCAUCCAGUUCUACGAUGCUUUCAUCACAAGCCCGGACCCCACACAACGCCAAUGGGCUCUUUGCAUCAUGGAUGAUGUCCUAGAGUUCUGCGGCGAAGAGUCGUGGGCCUUCAAGGACCACAUCAUGCAGCCCCUGGCCUCUGGUCUGCAGGAUGAGAAUGCCGCCAACCGUCAAGCCGCCGCUUACGGAGUCGGUGUUGCUGCCCAGAAGGGUGGUGCCGCCUGGAGCGACUUUGUUGCUGCCAGUCUCCCCAGCCUGUUCCAGGUGACGCAGCACGCCCAAUCCCGCACAGAGGAAAAUGUCUUCGCCACCGAGAACGCUUCCGCCAGUAUCGCCAAGAUCCUCCACUACAACGCCUCCAAGGUUGCGGCUCCUCAAGACGUUGUCACCAACUGGAUUGAGACCCUUCCCAUCACCUUCGAUGAGGAAGCUGCUCCUUACGCCUACUCUUUCAUCGCACAGUUGAUUGACCAGCAAAACCCCGCUGUCUUCGCUAAGGCCGACCGCGUCUUCGGAUUCAUCGUGCAGGCGCUCCAGGCUUCUACCCUGCAGGGCCAGACUGCUCAACGCGUGGCUACAUCUGCCAAGCAACUGGUGGCAGCCACAGGCGCAAACGCCGACCAGAUCCUGGCUUCCGUCGACCCAGCCAGCCAGGAGCGCGUGCGAAAGUUCUUCCAGUAG